UGUUGCAUUGUGGGAUGAGCGGAAGUUGAGGAAGUCGUUCAGGCGAUUGAAUGUGUCCAAACAGCAAGCAACAGCGGCGGCGGCAGCAGUGAUCUAGUGAAACUCACUGAGCCGGGAGAAAAUACAUUAGAGAGCAGAAGAAGAAAAAAUACACGCGGCUUAAAACAUCGAUUUGUAAAAGUUAUCAGAGUUUUAAAACCACUCUUCAUUAUGCAUUCGGACUGUAGGCUGGCAUGGACACAGUGGGAAUGGUGAGAGUUGAAUCGAACGGCGCAGGGCUUUUCUUCAUUUCAACAUUCAUCAUCGUCCUGAAUACCGGAGCGAGCAGAGCACAGAAAGGUGAUGGCUGUGGGCACACACUUCUGGGCCCCAACAGUGGGACUCUGUCUUCAAUCAGUUACCCCCAGACUUACCCCAAUGGCACUGUGUGUGAAUGGGAGAUCAGGGUGAGACCCGGAAAAAAGGUUACAUUUAAGUUUGCAGACUUUGACAUUGAAGACUCAGAUUCUUGCCACUUUAACUACUUGAGGAUAUACAAUGGCAUUGGUCCCACAAGGACUGAGAUAGGAAAAUACUGUGGACUGGGUGUGCAGUGGGACCAUCUGAUUGUAUCCGCAGGGAAUGAAGUCACCGUCCAGUUCAUGAGUGGUACACACGUUUCGGGGCGGGGCUUUCUUCUCUCCUACUCAACCACAGAUCAUCCAGAUUUGAUUACUUGCUUAGACAAAGGAAGCCACUUUACUGAGCCAGAAUUUAGCAAAUACUGCCCUGCUGGUUGCUUGACUGCUUUUGGGGAGAUUUCAGGGACCAUUCCUCAUGGAUACAGAGAUUCGUCCCUGCUGUGUAGGGCAGGUAUUCAUGCUGGGGUCGUCUCCAAUGUCCUUGGUGGGCAGAUAAACGUUGUCAACAGCAAAGGCAUCCCGUACUACGAGGGCUCUCUCGCAAAUAAUGUCACGUCCAAAGUCGGCCCUCUUUCUGCCAGCCUCUUCACUUUUAAGACCAAUGGCUGCUAUGGGACUCUGGGGCUAGAGUCUGGAGUUGUGCGAAAUGCACAGAUCACAGCAUCCACAGUGCUUCAAUGGGAUGACAUCAACAGGCAGCCCCCUGUGUGGGGGCCCGAGAGAGCCAGGCUGAAGAAACCAGGCCCUCCCUGGGCUGCCUUGGAUACCAAUGAAAACCAAUGGCUGCAAGUGGAUUUGAAGAAAGAGAAAAGAAUAACAGGCAUCUCCACUACCGGAUCAACCAUGUCAGAUUACUACUUCUAUGUCUCUGGUUAUCGAGUUCUCUACAGUGAAGAUGGGAAGAAUUGGAGUGUGUUCAGGGAAGCCAAUGCAGACCAUGACAAGAUUUUUCAAGGAAACGUUAAUUACCUUCAGGAAGUCCGCAAUAACUUCAUCCCCCCUAUCGAGGCCCGGUAUAUCCGGAUUAACCCACUGCAGUGGCACCAAAAGAUUGCAAUGAAGGUGGAACUGCUGGGCUGUCAGCCAUCUUUAGGGAGGGCCCCGAUCCCACCCCAACUCCCCAAGAUCAGCACAGACUUUCCAGUGCAGUUAGACAAGACAACCUUCACCCCGGACAUCAGAAACACCACAGUGACUCCCAAUGGAACCAAAGACGUGGCCUUGGCGGCUGUCCUAGUUCCUGUGUUAGUGAUGGCUCUCACUGCACUCAUUUUAGUCCUGGUUUGUGCCUGGCACUGGAGAAAUAGAAAGAAGACUGCUGAAGGGACCUAUGACUUGCCAUACUGGGAUCGGCCAGGCUGGUGGAAGGGAAUGAAGCAGUUCUUGCCAGCAAAGGGUCCAGAGGUGGAGGAAUCCCCCGUCCGAUACAGCAGCACUGAAGUGAGCCGCCUGAGAGCGAGGGACGUGGGCCCCUUGUUACAGACAGCACCAGCAGAAUAUGCACAGCCUUUGGUAGGAGGAGUUGUGGGAACACUUCGCCAGCGAUCUACUUUCAAGCCUGGGGAGGGUGUUGACCCCAGCUAUGCGGACCCUGACCCCUACGAUGCACCGCUGCAGGAGAUAUACCAUGCCUACGCAGAACCACUGCCAGCAUCAGGAGCGGAAUACGCCACACCAAUCAUCAUGGACAUAUCCAGCCACCUGGCAGGAACUGUGAGCCAGCCACCCAUAUCCACCUUCAAAUCACCAGGGACGGCACUUCUAUCCAGGACAGACAGCAGUGUUUCCACUGGACAUGUGCAGUAUGACACCCCCAAGGGGACCCUCAGCCCAGCCCCUGCUGCUGAGGAGCUGGUGUACCAGGUACCUCAGAGCAGUGUCCAGAAAGCAGUUGACAAUGGCUGACGGGUGUGAAUCUAGGGAGGUGGAAGAAAAAAGAGAGUAAUGGAUGUUGUUCACUGAAGCCUAGGUCAUUUUUAAGGCACACUACCUUUAUUUUAUAUUCACAGAUCAGUGGAUAACACUUUCUUUAGGAAGGAGUAAGCCCUGAUCCAGUCCUACUGAACUGAAUGUUAGCCAAGGGAAGGUUACUGCUCAAAGUCGUUUUUGAUGAAACUGUGAUGACCUUUUUUUUUUUUUUUUUAAUACCUAGCCAAGAAUGUCCAUUUAAUAUGAUCAACAUUUGCCAUUUUUAUUUUAAUUUAUUUUAAAAUCAAAGAAAGGUGGCAGUUUAUGUCCAUGCCAGCAGCUUUGGAAGACACAACACAUAUAUAAAGUAGACUGUCACAGUGGAAUUAACUUUUAGAAGUGUCUGCUGCACUGAGAUGAGAAUAUAUCUCCUUUUCUGACAACAAUCAACCUUUUUUUUUUUUUUUUUUUACUGGCAACCAUCUUGUCUCAACAUCCAAAAUCAGACACAAUACAAGCAGUUGUCCUUAUUUGCUUUUUAAUAUAAAAUGUAAAGGGAUUCCUGUUCACUUCUUCUGUAAGCUGUGUAAUAUAUUGGUUGAUUUAUAAAGAUAAAGUACUACAUAGUAAAACUGAAAGAAAAAACACUAACUGGAAACUAAGUAAGUGUUUAGCUGUAGUACUAAAUGAAGUAAUAAAAACGUUGAGAGGAAAAACACAUCAGAACUUGCUAACAAGGACAGCUGCUUAAAAAUUUAAGAAGCAUGUAAAUUACUCUGUUUUAUUACAUGCUUUGACUAACUGCAUCAUGUUUUAAAGAAAAUCAGUUUGCCAAUUGCAUAAUUAUUUUCAAAUACUAUAUCGAAGGGCUAUUAUUCCCCUACUAGCAUGCCCUCUUUUUUUAAUUUGAAGACUAAGGCCAAAGGAUUGAAGUAAAUAAUUCUCACUAGAAAUGUGUGUCUUUUUAUAUAGAAGUUAGACUCGUUAAGUAUCUGUGUAAUAAUUAAUGAAUCUGUUUUGCACUGUUUUUCUAGCGAUUUUUACUGUGUAGUGCAGAAUUUUGCAUUUAUGACAUCUGUUUGAAGGCGGUACAGACUCUGUGGAAUUGGAUUAACCCAUUGUCUGGUUUAAGUGAGAUCAAUGUGUGUUGUCACUGCGAAACUCUGUGAUUGCACAUGCCUGUAAUGUAGAGAUGAACUGAUGCCUAGAUGUACUGUACUGCCUGUUACAUUAUCUCUGCACACACACAUACAAACCUAAACUCUCUGAUUGCACAUGCCUGUAAUGUAGAGAUGAACUGAUGCCUAGAUGUACUGUACUGCCUGUUGCAUUCUCUCUGCACACACACAUACAAACCUAAACUCUCUGAUUGCACAUGCCUGUAAUGUAGAGAUGAACUGAUGCCUAGAUGUACUGUACUGCCUGUUACAUUCUCUCUGCAUACACACAUACAAACCUAAACUCUCUGAUUGCACAUGCCUGUAAUGUAGAGAUGAACUGAUGCCUAGAUGUACUGUACUGCCUGUUACAUUCUCUCUGCAUACACACAUAUAAACCUAAACUCUCUGAUUGCACAUGCCUGUAAUGUAGAGAUGAACUGAUGCCUAGAUGUACUGUACUGCCUGUUACAUUCUCUCUGCACACACACAUACAAACCUAAAACCUGUGGUUCCAUCACUGGAAUGAGAAAUGGUUUGCCACGCAUUUUACUAGAUGCAAACCUUAGUUUUCAGUUCUUUGUGAAUAAUGCCCUGUUGCAACAUUAUUAAGAACUUAUGAAGUGGACAUUGACCUGUGCCCUGUUUGUUCUGGUCUUGUUGUUUUACUUGUUUUUGUGUGUUUGGUAGACUUGAAAGGCAAAUUAGCAUGGGUUUUGGGUGAAGUCUUACAACAGAGUUGCAUUUUAUCUGUUGACUCCACACAGCCAUCUUCAUUUUUGAAAUAUUGGGAUUUCAGGGAGCUCUAUAUAAUAUAAUACAGUACAGAAUACAUAUAUAGUAUCGUGCAUGAGCAAGUAUCUCAAGGUUCUGUACAAGCAGAAUCUCUUGCAAAAAAGAAAGUCCUCACUCUAAAUUUGAAAAUGUGAAUAGUUCCUGCAACUGAAUGUAUUUGGCAAUAAACGGCACAUCAUCCAUCCGCACUAGAAGGUCUGUUGGGUAGUUUGGAGCAACCAGAUGUCUGGAAACAGCCAGGUUCAAGAGAUGGAAAAAAGGAUUUCGUAGCAACAGGUGGUUUAAGAAGUUACUGUAGAAACUCUACUGAAUAUCUAGCAUACAUAACAAGUAGGAUGUAUUCGAUGAUUUAAUAUUUAACAAAGGUGUCAUGACAAGACAAAGAAUGCAGAGCUCUGCAUGAAACUUAUUGUAGCACCAUUCAAAUGUGUAGAAGUAUCCUGGACCAACAGAUAUCAAAGUAACAUUUUGAGGAUUGACAGUGUGUUUUUAAGAAUGAUAUUCUUUGCUUUUUUAUUUUAAAUAUUAAUACUGUGAUUCUACUAAAACCUACAUAGAUUUUAAAACCGACAUAUAAGCAUGCAUAUAAUCCCUUUGAGUUCAGAUACUCAGCUGGCACUAGCAGCCUGAUUUCCAAAUAAUAACAUGGUUGCAAAGUAGAUUGGUAUGUCCAUCUAAUCACUUUAUGUAUUAUAAAAGUCAACAACAACAAUGCACCGUGUUUUGAAUCCUUAUAAGUAGGAAGCACACGCUAACCUUUUAUGAAUAUAGCACACUGUCCCUUUAACUGUUCAAAUAAAAACUGCAAAGGUUGAGUAUAGAAAAUAGAGAAUAUUUUUAAUAGGUUUAUAGCAUGUGAUUUGAUCUUGAGUAUUUUUACAGCCUGCUUUAUCAGUUGUCAAAGCAACAUACCCUAAAGCAUUGUGACUCGGCAGAUCAGUUACAUUUGUUUGCAAUUUUCUGUAGGACUUUGAAAUGACUGAAAGUUUGACUGUGCAUGUUAGUGAUGUGAAAUUAACAAAGGAUUAAACAUGUGAUGCGCUGUUUAACUCUGCACUGCAGACAAGGGCAUGAAACAAUAACUGUCCUUGAGUGUUAUCUAAGAAACUGUUGCCUAGCCCAUAUUUAUUUAUGCACGGUUUUCAUUAUUUUUCCAUAGAAGACACUGAUAUGAUUUGAUAGGCUAUCCAGGGGUUACAGAAGGAGUUAAGCAUUAGGAGUUUCUGCUUGCUUUGGCAGUAAUCCAGCCACAUGUAAACAAGUAUAUUAUCAGAAAUGAUGUAGUCACAAUUGUCAUGAACAUCCUGUUUCACUUUUUGUCUCCUUUUGGUUAAAAGUGCAACUGAAGACCGAAUGUGAUUUCAGCUUUCCAGUGCAAAGGUUGUGUAAAAGCACAAUGGCAGUACACAAAUUCAGACACACAACGUUUUGGUUUUAGUGAGGUGCUCAAACUGAGCACACACAUCUAUCUAUCUCUAUCUGUCUGUCUGUUUAUCUCUAUCUAUCUAAAACAUGAAUGUAAUACAAAUAGAACAAUUGUGACACUGAAAGGCAGUAUCAUAUGAACUGACAUUUGGUUGUGUGCUAUAGUCAUUACUUUAUCAAGUCCGAAGUAGUCUAUAAUACGAUACUGGAACCCAAGUACUAAUGCUCAUUAUUUUAAGCAGCAGUGAUGUUUAAAGUAAUUCAUUUACUUACACAGAGCCAAAAAGCUUUUAAACUGAGUCAUUUUGUGUCAGCAGUUUCCUGAGCGUUAUGGUCUUAAUGAAAGUUAAGUGCUUCUAAAUCUUUUUUACCCUCUCGAUCCUAAAGCAUCAUAAAAUCAGAAUGAAGAGAGUACUGGCAAGUAGUACAUUUGCCACUGAAUUUUUCGUGUUGAUUGUAUUUGAGGAAUCUGUUCAGGUCAUCGCUAAUCUUUCUUUUCAUUUGGUCCAUUCCUUAGUGAAGUGAGCACUUGCAGUGUACUAUCUUGUUCUGUGCUGAAUGGAAGUCGAGGAGCAGUUUGUAAAAGAGUCUGACCUAGAUUAGAGAGUACAUAACAUCAUGUGAAAUCUACUUUCAAUGUGGUUGACCUGAAGUUGGUGAGACACUGCUUUUUCAGUUACAUUUGAAGACCUGCAUUUGGAUGUUUCACUCUUUCCAAAUGGUCAGGUAGCAUUUUUUUUUUUUUUUCUUUUGUGGUCUUCUAACUGUGGUUGGUUGAAAAACAAUGAAUACAGAAGUGAAGUCAGUACAAGGUGAAAUGUAAAAAGUGUCAGCUGACAUGGUUCAGUUAUCGGUGAAUCUCUCCCAGAAUGUAUCUCGUCUUACCUCGCAUGUACUGCAGUCAAUCCAUAUUUGUAAAUGUUGGUGGAAUUUAGAUUGUAGAGUUUUUAUGUAUGUGUUUUAAUAAAAAUGGAAAGGAAAUAGA